UGUUUGUGUCGGGGCGCUGGAAGCUUCCUACAGUUUCAAUACAGUAUAAGCUCAACAAGAGAGUAAAAUAGUAGCUUUAAAACCAUCAGGCAGGACAUGCCCUCUGAGAAAGCUGUCAUGAGUGCUUCAUGCAGAUUCUGGAUGCAGUCACUCCUGGUUUCCUCUCUGUGCCACUUGAUAACUGCAUACUCACAGAGGGACAGAGCCCACGACUUGAUGUCCAGAUAUCCUCUUAUUGACGGUCAUAAUGACCUGGCUCUUCAGCUGAGGAUCCUCCACAACAAUCGCCUGAGCCAAAUCGACCUUCAUAAUGUCAGCAAAGUGGCCACCGACAUCUCCCGCCUCCAAGCAGGACAUGUUCAGACGCAGAUGUUUUCAGUCUAUGUGAUGUGCGGAGCCCAGCAGAAGGACGCCGUGAGGCUGACUCUGGAGCAGAUCGAUGUGGUCAGACGCAUGUGCACCGAGUAUCCGGACUUCGAAGUGGUCACAUCUGCACAGGAGCUGAGAGACUCCGAGAUGAGGCAUAAGAUCGGAUGUCUCAUCAGCAUUGAGGGAGGUCACUCCAUUGACAGCAGCCUGCCGGCUUUGCGCAUGUUCUACCAGCUUGGCGUCCGCUCCAUGGCUCUCACACACACCUGCAACACACCUUGGGCUGAAUCGUCCUCAAAUCUUUACAGUGUUUUUCAGAGACAGAAUGACAGCCUGACAGAGUUUGGGAAGGCCGUCGUGGAGGAAAUGAACCGGCUGGGGAUGAUUGUGGACCUCUCCCACACUUCUUGGGACACGGCUCUGGCCGUGCUGAAGCAUUCCAGGGCGCCUGUGAUUUUCAGCCAUUCAUCUUCCCACGCUAUCUGCAACCACAGCCGCAACGUACCUGACUGGCUGCUGCACAAGCUGAAAAGCAACAAGGGCUUGAUCAUGGUGAAUCUCCACAGCAAAUUCAUUUCCUGCAGGGAUGAGGCAAACAUCUCCCGGGUGGCCGACCAUUUUGAUCACAUUAAGCAGGUGAUUGGAGCCGGGUCGAUAGGAAUCGGAGGGGACUUUGAAGGCGCUACAAGCUUUCCUCAGGGAUUAGAAGACGUGUCAAAGUAUCCCGCCCUGAUCCAGGAACUCCUGGAGAGAAACUGGACUGAGAGUGAGCUGGCUGAUGUUCUCCGAAGGAAUUUCCUGCGAGUGUUUGAGGAGGUCGAGAGGGUGCGCGAUCAGCUGGGGUUUAUCAGGCCCAGCGAGGUCCAGAUCCCAUCAGAGGAGGUGCAGAACGCCUGCAGGCUGGUGCUCGGACGGCCCGACCCCAAAGAGCUGCCCUCCGAGCAGAGCGCCUCCUCCCGAGCAGAUCACAGAUCAGCGGGUCUGCUAAUCCUGCUGCUUCCCAGCCUCUUCUGGAUUUAAUGAAUAUUUACAAUUUCAAUUCGGCUGCACUAUCCUUUUUUUUUUUAUCUUGCUUAAUAUAAUGAAGGAGAGUUUAAUGAGUUUGCUGCAGCCGUCUGGGGGUCAUCAUAGUGCUCCAUGUGUCAAUAAAGAUUAGCAGGGAUUAAUCACUUCCUUGCAGUUUAAAAUAAUUAAAAAGAAGCAUUUACAGUUUAACUAUUUAUUGCAGAAAAGUUUAGUGCUGACACUUAUAUGUACAUUUGUUUUGGACUUUAUUUCUUCAACAUUUAUAUUUUUGCUGAGUUUGCUGUGCUGUUGUUUUGACAGAUUGCUAAUAA